GCGGGCUCAGAGGUCGUGGGGAUCAGGACCGGGUGCGGGUGCGGGUGGAGCAGGAGGGCCAGCCAUGCGCUGCUCCUUGCGCGUCUGGGUACUGCUGGGGUCCCUGGCCCUGCUCUUCCUCACCUCCCUGCUCUUCUCCCUCUCCCUCCGGGGCGGCACUGGGUUGCCAUACCUGGAUCCCCCGAGCUGGGAGGAGUCUCGGCGGGUCAAGCUGGUGCCCAGCUACACCGGCACCCACCGGCUCGGCCCACAAGGGGGCGGCCAGCCCAAAACCUGCGCCUGCCAGCGCUGCGUGGGGGACCCCGGCGUCUCGGAAUGGUUCGACGAAAAUUACGACCCUGAUAUCUCACCCGUCUGGACCCGGGACAACAUCCAGCUUCCUUCCGACGUGUACUACUGGUGGGUGAUGCUGCAGCCACAGUUCAAGCCCCACAGCAUACAGCAGGUGCUGUCGCGCCUCUUCCAGGUGAUCCCGGGCCACUCCCCCUACGGGUCCUGGGACCCCGGCCGCUGCCAGCGCUGUGCCGUGGUGGGGAACUCCGGCAACCUGCGGGGGGCGGGGUACGGCAGGUUGAUUGACAGGCACAACUUCGUCAUGAGGAUCAACCUGGCUCCCACGGUGGGGUACGAGGAGGACGCCGGCAGCCACACCACCCACCACUUCAUGUACCCCGAGAGCGCCAAGAACCUGGCGGCCAACGUCAGCUUCGUCCUGGUGCCCUUCAAGACCUUGGACCUUCUGUGGAUCACUAGCGCGCUGUCCACCGGCCAGAUACGCUUUACCUAUGCUCCAGUGAAGCAGUUCCUACGUGUUGAUAAAGACAAGGUCCAGAUAUACAACCCCGCGUUCUUUAAGUACAUCCAUGACCGCUGGACCCGGCACCACGGCCGCUACCCCUCCACAGGCAUGCUGGUCCUGUUCUUCGCUCUGCACGUGUGCGACGAGGUGAAUGUAUUUGGCUUUGGGGCCGACAGCCGGGGCAAUUGGCACCACUAUUGGGAGCAGAACCGGUAUUCCGGCGAGUUCCGCAAGACGGGGGUCCACGAUGCUGACUUCGAGGCCCAGAUCAUAGACUCCCUGGCCAAGGCCGGCAAGAUCACCGUGUUCCCCGGGAAGUGAGGCGGGCGGAACGGCAGGAAGUGAAAGCUACAUUACCCAUCAGCCACUAGGCUCUCUGCUUGCAUGUUCAUGCACAUGGGCUCUGGGUGAAGUGGGGCCCCAGUAGUAGUAAACCAGGAUCCAAAACCCCUAAUCAUAACACCGCGGACGUUUCUGAGACUGAUCCUGGAUCAGUGCUUGGGGCCAUUAUCUGCCUAGAGAAAUACUCUUCAAACCUCUUAUCACUUUAGAGCUUGAACAUGGGAGCAGAUUUGGGACGUUCUACCACCUGCUGCAGAGAUCAGGAUUUUGAACUGGUGUCCCAGUAUCGCCCCCUGCAGGCUAACAGCCCUCCCCUCUGUGUCAGGAAAGCAUUCCUGGGAGAACGGAGAGGACUGCGCUCUGUCAAUCAAAGGGUUGGCCUGCCAAGUAUGGCUCCUUUUCAACCAAUUUACUGUCAGUUUGCGCAGUGGGGGCCUGAACAAUCACACGCCUUUGGAGGUGAACCUCAAAGCCAGACUCCGCAGACUCCCCCACUCAUCUGGCCUGCAAAGUGGGCGGGGACUUUGACUCCAGGACCGCCCUGCACAAAGCAAAGAUGGUCACUAAGGGGAGCCAGAGAGUGAAGUUUACGUGCUCUUUUGACUAAAGGACUUUCACCAAUAAUUAUAUUUCUGUUUGUCAGUUCUAAAUGGUAAAGCCCUGGCAUCACUUUGGGCCAAGCCCAAAAGGCAUGUUUGGGCUGCACCAUCAGCGGUUUUCCUUUCUUAGCUUUUGCUCAUUUGUUUUAUUUGGGUUCGAUUUGAAGCCCUCGUGUUCUGCUCCUCUUUUUGUGCGGUCAGAGGUCAUGUGACUGACAGGCCUGCUGAUUGGGUUUGGAGGUGAAGGCGGGCUGCACCGCAGUCACACCCUGGUGUCUUGAUAUAGGUGCUCUCUGAUUGGCUGCAAUGUCUGAUUGGUUCAAGCUUUCUGACUUAGCCGAAUAGAAGGUCACUGAGGUAGCUUAACUAUGACACGCAGUCUACACAGGUGCACACACGCCUUCAGCAUCAAUGCAGGCACAUAUUCGAGACCUGAACGAGAUGUCAUUGUUCAGACAACAGAUGGAACGCAGUUGUCAGCACAGGCACAUAAUAGACACCACUGCAGUGAUAGCAGCUGAUGCAUGCAUGCACACACACAGUUAGCAACAACACAGGCACAUACUCUGAGGUAACAUGAUGUUGCUGCUGUUGUGACUGGCGAGCAUAACCUACAUACAGGCACUCAAACAUGAACACACACGGUACAGUUCCAGAGUACACACUAGAUGUUACCUUCUGGAAGCACCUGAGGUCCCGGUUCCAACCUCUCUCCACUUAGCGGCAGCAGAUGUGUGACAUCAUCAGAUGUUGUCAUGAUGCAGAUUCCGCAUAUCUAAAGCCCUUGCCAUUCCACCACUUUUUGUUCCCUGAAUUGGGACUCAGUUCAGCGAUAUCUUUAUCGAGCGACGGCUCGGCGAGCGGCACCGACGUCUCCUUUUUUCAAACGAAGGAACCGCGGGAGCCGCAGACGUCGGCCUCGCCCGCGCGCCACGGGCGUACAGCGCCACGGAGGGGCGCGGAGCGAAACAUCGGGCAGGCAUCGAUUUUCUGCCCCGACGUUUUUUUUCCUCACGCCGCGCUGCCAUGGAAACCCUACCGAUGUCAGUCGAGAGCGCGGGUGCCAGUCGAUCCCGCCGCCGCGCGGGAGCGGGGACCAGAAGGCUUCAACUUUGACAUGGCCGCCCUUCGCCUCCUGUUCUCCCCGCUCGUUUCUUUAUCGCCGUCUGCCCGGUCCCACGCGAUUUCUGCUUGUACGCUGUUUCCGUGACAACAUCAGAUUUUUUUUUUUUUAAAGGAAGAGAAGCUAAAAGCAAAAAAAAAAAAAAAAAGCCUGCAGUUUAGAUUUCUUUUUUUUAAAGGAGUAGCCUACGAAUGUAUGAAAUCAGGGGUCUGUCUGUGUGUGGGUGUGUGAGAGACUGUCUGCAGCACACACAUUGCUUUGUCUUUCUGCAAGUUUUGAUUUUCAGGUAGAUCCCAAGAACACAGAUAUGCAUAUUGUCUGUAGGUUGUGCACACAGGAGCACACACACACACACACACGCACACAGACACACACACACACACAGACACACACACGCCCUAGUGCCUUUUCCCUGCAAGCUAGUUAUUUGCUUCACAGGGUGCUCCUAAGCACUCUCUCUUAUGCCUCCCUGCAUUGUCCCGCCACUAGGGGGGCACUCUCCAAUGUCACAGUUUAUUACAAUGUAUAAUGCAUGUGUAUGUGAAUGAUUGAUAUAUAUAUCAAAUAAGGCCCAUGUAAAGGGGAGGUCAAGCAGUCAUUCACUAUAUACUAUUGGGCUGCUUCCUCCAUCUUUCCAACUUUCCAACCUGGUUUUCAGUCUGGGACAGUGCAGGGAUCCAGUCAGCACAUACGCUUACACACACACACACACACACACACACACACAAACAAGGGGGCAUUCAUCAUUAUUUUCCCAAAUGGAACAGGCCCCAGUUCCCCAGUCUGGCUGCUGCUGCAUCUCCCCAUUGUAUGAUGAGGGGAGGUCACAUUCAUUUACCCCCCCCCCCCCCCCCCCAACCAGACCUGCCGCCUCUCCGUCCCACCUCCUUUGAGAUUCCCCCACCCCACCUCUCCCCAAUCCCAUUCCCUCAACACAAUGCCUCUCUUCCUGUUUUUUUCCAGAGAGGGUUACCAUGACGAUGGCGUGCCUUUUUUAAACCGCGAAUUAGAAUCACUGCGUCCUUUUCACACUCUGUACAUUUACCAUGUUCGCCCGACUCCCUUUUUUAUAAGCCUCUGAAAAAAAGGAAGGUGCUGAAAACGGAGACACCAGGAGAGAGAGAGAGAGAGAGAGAGAGAAAUUACUUCAGCUCUCUGUCACUGGGUGCUAGAGAUCAGACCAUUCCCACCUUUUAUUCACCGUUUUCUAUUUCUCUCUCUUUCCUGGGAGAACAAAGAUGCUCACCUUUUUCUUCUCAUUUUUACAUUUUUAUCUUUUAAAAUCUAUUUUUAUUUGAUCUUUAUUUUACCAGGCAGGACAAUUAACCUUGGAAUCUUAUUUACAGUGAUGGCCUGGCAUUGUUACAUUACCUGGCAUUGUUACAUUACCUGGCAUUGUUACAUUACCUGGCGUUGUUACAUUACCUGGCAUUGUUACAUUACCUGGCGUUGUUACAUUAUCUGGCAUUGUUACAUUACCUGGCAUUGUUACAUCACCUGCCGUUGUUACAUUACCUGUCGUUGUUACAUUACCUGCCAUUGUUACAUUAUCUGGCAUUGUUACAUUUUUAAUUUUGCGACUUACCUGACCCUAUUUUGUGAGUUGAGAUACAGAGAUCUCUGACAAUAGCACCUGAACAUAAAAUAUGUUUAUAGUUACAUAUCCCUCCACCACAGGCACUUUCUUUUGUCAUAUCAAGGACAGCUCUUCUGCCACCCUUACAAUAUUUUCAGUAUGUGACAAGAGAACAAAAUUGAUGUGCAAUAUUUCACCAAAGAGUGUUAUGGUGACAGUCGUCAUAUUGCUCCAGUUGUUUUUGGGCCUGUUUAUUUAGAAUUUAUGUUGCAGCUCAUGAUUAACCCCCUUCCAAACCACUCUGAAGGGUUUUUGCCACAUUCUCUCAACGGUGGUUCUCUGAUUGGCUCAGAGACUCACUCUAGGGAAGCUCAUAGGCUCAAGAGGCUUGCAGGAUUCAAAUAGUUUUCAUCCCAGACUCUGCCAAAUUCCCCUCUUCCCCCAUCGCAAACCGUUGACACUUUGUCACAUUUCCCUUUGUGAUGUCGUGACCUGUACGGCACGUGGAUGGGCUGCAGCUGUGGGCUCAGCGAAUACCACUGUCCGUGGAUGGGCUGCUACAGUGGAAUACCACUGUUCGUCUGAUUUAAAUAUCAGUGAAUCCCAACAAGCCUGGCGGUCCCACGCACGUCCCUGUUCACAACACAGCUAACCCUUUGAGCCCCUGCGCAGCCUCUGAAUAUAACCUGAUGGAAACACCGCCACCUACUUGCGGUGGUGGCUAAAAUGUACAUUUUUAUUAAAGCAUCUGAAAUGACUCGGGAGUCUCUGGGCUCAUUCCAAUUGCUUAUUAUUCCCCUCUUUGUCUCCUCGGUCCUUGCCUGAUCUGGAAAUCGAACAAGGUCCAUCUUUUUGGUCUUUCCAACCUGUUAAUUGCUCCUUGACUGAGCCAGGAGUAAAGAGCGAGUAGGCUCCCAAAGGAUGCUUGAGCGAGGAAACAUGAGUGCAUCUUUAGUAAGUGGAAGUAUUUUUUUCUGAACGUGACGUAUAAAUGAUUGACCUGUGGAUCCACCUCUCCGCAUCUGCCACGUCUGUAAUUGAUGUGGUUUCAGUCUGCCGCUUCACUGAAAAAGGACGUUCCACUUGCCAGGUUCAUGUUUCCUCGAUUCCUCCAUCCUUGUGUCCUUUCCUUGCGUCCUCUGACGGGUGGAGCUAAGGAGCGAGGGAAAGGACACGAGGAAAGGAUGCGUGGAGGGAAAAUAAGCGCUUGGAAUGAACCCUCUCUCUCCAACUCAUUCAGAAAGUCAUUCUGGGAGUUUUCUUAAAAUUUGAAAAUGUUUUUAAGGGUCUUGUUGAAGUGUGAUGGGGAGGUGAGGGGGCAGAGAGGGGAUCUACUGACGCCCCCCUCCCCCCGUCCCACAGGACACAUGCGUCUGGCACACUUUAUUUACCAACGACACAAACUGUACAUACUCUGAGUGUUACUGCUCUUAGGACUGUCAUCAGUGUUAUGAUUAUCAUUUGAUCUGUCCUUUCCUUUUAUAACCACAAUUUACCUGUGCGACAAAGGACUGUUUUUAUCUUAUGCUAUUGUAAAAAAAAUAAAUGUGACGGUGAAAGGACA